AUGUUUAGAUUCGGUAAAGUCUUGUUUGCUGCGUUUAUCGUCACAACUAGCACUAGCGCUCACGUGAGAGGCACGGAGAACGAUGGGAGUUCGACCAAUCAAGCGCUCACUGACGACACGGAGGUCACAACCACACACCAGACCGGGGAGCUCGAUACCGUUCAGCCUGUGACCGACGACGCUGAAGAUGAAGAAGAACGAAUGUUUACCUGGGCAACGAAACUGAGAUCAAGCAUUCGGGGGAAGUGGAAGGCCAUGGAGAAGUCGAUCGAUAUGAAAACGAUAGAGCGUCUGGAAAAAAAGGAAGAACAGCUGAGAAAAAAGGCGCUAAACGAGAAGGCAACGGAAAUUGCCCGCAAGCGAUACGAUCUGUUCAUCAAGCAUGGAGGAGAUCCGAAACAGUACUACACGAAACUGGGACUGGAUGGUCAAGGACCGGCCGUCAAACUGAGACAUGAUCCUCGCUUCCUCGAUUAUCUGGCCUUCUCAAAGCAUUGGGGAAAAAAGAGAGACAUUCUCUCUCCAGCGUGA